GUGGUCAGUGGUGACUGGUGGUGUUUGAGUAACUUGUCAGCUGUGAGGCGUAAGCUGUUGUCGUUGUCGGUUAAUUUAAAUUUUAACUAUCACUAUCAGUCAUUGUACAAUACAUAUAAUACAUACAAUACAUAUAAUACAUACAUAUAAGAAUAAAGACAACGGUUUAAUUUUUUUUUUUACAAAAGUUUUAUAAAGUAGUCUAAAAUGAAUUCUGAAAUUCACAAGGCGAUAAUUGAUCAAUUUAAAUCUUUUGGAUUUGACCAAAGAAUUGGACACGCUUGGGAAAUAACCAGAAUGAAUUCACUCAAUAAUUGGAAUAUGAGCAAACCUAGUACUAAAGAAAUGGCCGAAGCCGGAUUCUAUUGUCCACAGUCUGAUUUCCCUGGUACGGUAAGAUGCUUCUCAUGUUUUAUUGAACUUGAUGGCUGGGAGCCAACUGAUAAACCUUGGGAAGAACACAAAAAAAGAGCCCUUACUUUAGAUCCUCCAUGCAAGUUUGUGGAGUUGGGGAAAAAAGAAGCUGACCUUCUAGUUGAAGAUUUUCUAGAUAUCCUUAAAAGUAUAAUGUUACGAAUUUUAAAGGAAGAAACUGAAAAGGGUCUUAACACUGUAAUGAGUCUUCAUAAAAAGAAAAAAACCGCACUUAAAAAAGAACUCCAGAAAUUGGGUAUUUCAUAAGCAAUGAAAGUUUGUAAUAUUUGUUUUUACUUAUAGCUAUACAAAUAUUUUAAUUUAAGCUUUAAUAUUUUGACUUGUAGUUUAAAUUAUAUCUACUAUAAAAAAUAUACUAACACACAAUAAUCAUUUGUAUUAUUCAGUUUUUAGAAAAUUACAUAGUUAUCAUUAGAAUAACUAAAUACUAGUGUAUUUAUCAAUUGGAUGUUCUUUAAAACUUUAUUUGAACUAGCCUGUAUUACUUAUAUUUC